AUGGCCUCAAGUCCACCUGCUGCAGCGGCGACCGCUGCCGCUGACGAUGAAGAAGACGACUACAUGAACAUGACCUUCGCAGAACCUCAACCGUCACAUAAAAAGGAAACCCUUACACAGAGGAAGAAGCGGCUGGCCCGCGAAGCGGAACUUAAAGGUCGCCCAAAAUCUAAGGCUGAACUGGCAGAGGAAGAACGGAAGAAAAGGGAAGCAGCACUGAACUCUACAGCCAUCGACACCAGCAACAAAGGGUUCAAGAUGAUGGCGGCAUUAGGCUACAAACCUGGCAGCGCGCUGGGUGUAUCUCGACACGGCGCAGAUACAGACGACCGACUACUUGAGCCUAUAGGACUUGAAAUGAGAGACACGCGCAGCGGAAUAGGCGCCGAUGCGGAGAAAAAGCGGAAAUUCCGCGAAGAGGUUGAAGCACAACAGGAAGUGGACAAGAAGAGGAAGGUUGAUGCUGGAGAAUUCAGAGAAAGGCAGCAGAAAGAGCGGGAAGAGAAGAGGAUGGAAGGUCAAGUCUGGGGUGCCAUGAAAGUCUGUGAGCGGUUGGAAGAGGAAGACGAGCUGGCAGAUUCUGUCGGCGACGACUCUGCAGAACCUGCGAAGCGGCCCAGCAAGCCCCUGAAGAGCGUCAAUGUGCUAUGGCGUGGUCUAGUCAAGCAAAGGGCAGUCAACGAGCGCGACAGGAGGAUGAGAUACGACCUUCAUCAAUCGCUUUCAAGGCGCCCUGACUACAAUGAUCCAGACGAAGAGAACGAGGACAAGAUCGCCCUGGGAAGGAAAGCAGAGACCGAAGAGGUCGAUGUCGAUCUGGAUGAAGAGGAUGAGGAGCUGGACGACUUCGAGGCGCUAGAGGUCUCGGAGAAGCUGAACAAGCUUGUCGGCUAUCUACGAGAACGAUGGAACUACUGCUUCUGGUGCAAGUACAAAUAUCCCGACAAGGAAAUGGAGGGAUGUCCGGGUUUGACGGAAGAAGAUCACGAUUAG